AUGUUGUCAAUACCUUUGCUGGCCUGCAUCCUCGGGCUAUCAGUCGCAGGACAAGCCUCCGCAAGCAAUGUCUCCAUUCCCAACGACUCCCAAGAUACAGAUGCGAUUAUCCAACACAAUGCCCUCAUCGAGUCAUAUCUAUCUCAGAAGCCUGUUCGCGGAGUCCAUAAAAUGACCGAUGACGAAGGCGAGAAGUUCUACCUCGACUACUGGCUGUUCGACGAAGCCUAUACAGCAGGCAACAGAUCAAACGCCAAUGAUUCGUUAUCGCAAACACAGCCUUAUAAUCUCGACACAACUGAAAAGGUUGACUUUCAGCCUCGCUCGUAUCCCUUUCGACCCUCCUACCCGAGUGACCUUGAGGUCGAAAGGCGCGGGUGGAGUGAACAUUUCUCACCGCUUCUUCGGCGAGAAUUCAAAUGCCCUUCCGGCACGUACGGAUGCUCAUCGAUCGACCGACCCGAAAGCUGCUGCAGUACGGGCGAUACGUGCGUCCUGGUCAAGGACACUGGAUCUGGAGAUGUAGGCUGUUGUCCGAAGGGCGAGACAUGCUCGGGUACGAUUGGAUCGUGCCAGGACGGAUACUCCAGCUGCUCAUCGUCUCUGGGUGGGGGAUGCUGUAUCCCAGGGUACGAAUGUGUCACCGGGGGAUGUAAGUGGCCUGCAUCGUCGGAAAAUCUCCUUUCUUCGUGUCGCUGUUGA